CUCAAUUACAGCUGUGUCCGUGAACGCAAAUAGUGUGUAUGUGACCCUGCAGAUAACCCCAUCACUCGCACGCAGUUUGCAUUUGUGUUUGCACGCCAGGGCUUUGAUUUGUAGUAACACUUGAACUCAGUGGCUCGUGUAUCGUCGAUGUCUCGCAGUCAGCCGAGGGUAAACAUUGAUCAACACCACAAAUACUGUUCAGGGUUUGAACCUUUCUUGUCCGCCAUGGUGUUGACGGUCUAUGGAUAUCGGAUGUCCCAGCCUUCUCGCAGUGUCUACCUGUUCUGUAAGGUUGCGAAGAUUCCGUACGUUGAGAAAAAUAUUGACUUGCUCCACGGUGAACAGAGACAUGAAGACUACCUGGCCAUCAAUCCGUUAGGCCAAGUACCGUCUAUUGUGGAUGAUGACUUUAAACUUGCCGAAAGUAUGGCGAUUUUGAGGUAUCUGGCUCGUAAAUACAAAGUGGCCGAUCACUGGUACCCGGACGACUUGAAGAUACAGGCCAAAGUCAAUUGGUAUUUAGCAUGGCAUCACAAUGGUCUCCAGAAAGCUGCAGGAGACGUUUUCCAUGACGUGGUCGUAACGCCGCGAUGGACUGGAAAUCCAGUCGACGAAGCCAAACUGGCCAAAGAUCUCGAGACGUUCGACAAGGCUCUCGGAAUCAUUGAGAAAGUGUUUCUAGGAGACAAGAAAUAUGUUGCUUCGGAUGAAAUCAGCAUCGCCGACAUAUGCUGUUUGUCGGGGCUGAUGCAAGUCCUUGCGGUCACGAGGACCGACAUGCUAGCCAAGCACCCAAACCUCGCUGCCUGGAAGGAGAGAGUUGAGGAGCAACUCCGCCCCGACUACGACGAAGUUUUUACGUAUCUCUUUGAGUUUAGCGCCAAACUAUGAAGACGUAAUGGAGACCAUUCACUACGCUGAUGUUACUUAAAUGUAUUGAGGAACGGCCUUCAUUCUAGGCCAGGUUAAAUUUGUUCCGACAUAUACAAUGCGAUAAUUGAAAAAGACAGAAACAAAUUCCGAUCCUCCAAAUGCAAAAUAAAAAUGAGGCCUGAAUGAGCCCCUGAUAAAUACGUUUACAAAAUGUUACAAUACACUGUUCUUAAUUUUGUUCCUAAGCUGUUUUGUGCAUUACAGUCGAUGAUUUUUGGUUAAAACCAUGGGCGUAAAUCCUGGGGGGUGGGGGUAUAUGUCCCCCCAACUUUUGAGGUGGGGUAGGUUAUUGAAUCCUUCCACACUUUGUUGUGACGAGCAAAACAAUUGCAGCAGAUUGUGGAAGUAUUUUUAGUAGUUUCUAACAACUAAAUAUCAAUAUCAAUUGCAAUAUCACUAAAAAGGGACAUCAAUUAUAAAAAGCCUUAACUAAGCCGUUCUAAUGUGAGACUCUGCACAAAUCUGAUACACAUUACAGAUGUACCUGUGCAUCUUUAUCAUGACCAUUACCCCCGUAUAGUUCUAGUGUAUGCUGCUGAACAUUCCUGCUUAUACUAGGGCACCGCAUGGACGCCAGCUAUACUACUAUUAUAUCAUAUGGCCCACUGAUUUCUCUUAGACGUAGAGCAAAAUGACCAUCAGUGAUUUGACGGCACAGAUAUAAUCCCUCGUCAACUUCCAUUUGAGUUUGUUGGCAGAAGCACAGACUCUCAGUGUCCUGUACUAAACAAGGCUUACCACGUGUUAUCGUCGCCGGUACGUUAUUUUACUUCUAGCGAUUUGGUGUAGUGUAAUUUGCAUAGUACAGUAUGGUGCGUUCGAUUUGCUUCCCUGAACACACCAGUGUUACACUCAAGGGAAGCCUCAAAAUGAGGCUUAUCGAAC